AUGGCGGCGCCAGAAGUGCACCACUUGUUCCACGCGCCCAUCGCGGACCACUCGUUCUCGGCCGACCGCAACACCGUCGCCGUCGCCAGGGAUACGUCGGUCGAGAUUUACAAGCGCGUCGCCAACUCUUUCAAGCUCAAGGACGAGCUCAAGGGUCAUGACAAGACCGUCACCAGCGUCGACAUUGCGCCCAACUCGGGCCACCGCAACGCCCUUGUCUGGGAGCCAACUGCCCAGGGAUACAAGCCGACGCUCGUCCUCCUUCGCAUCAAUCGUGCAGCUACCUUUGCACGCUGGUCGCCCAACGAGACCAAGUUCGCUGUCGGCUCCGGUGACCGCCUCAUCGCCAUUUGCUACUUCGAGCAGGAGAACGACUGGUGGGUGUCUAAGCACCUCAAGAAACCUAUCCGUAGCACCGUCACCACUGUCGCCUGGCACCCCAACUCGGUCCUGUUGGCCGCCGGCUCGACCGAUGCCCACGCUCGUGUGUUCUCUGCCUUCAUCAAGGGCGUUGAUUCUAAGCCCGAGCCCACUGCCUGGGGCGAACGUUUGCCCUUCAACACCGUCUGCGGCGAGUUUAUGAAUAACUCCGCCGGCUGGAUCCACUCCGUUGCCUUCUCUCCCAGCGGGAAUGCUUUGGCUUACGCCGCCCACGACAGCUCUAUCACUGUUGUCUACCCCAGUGCUCCCGAGCAGCCCCCGCGGGCUGUUAUCACUGUCAACACUCACCUGCUGCCUUUCAUGAGCUUGAUCUGGAACGGGGAGGAUGAGAUAAUCGCCGCCGGUUACGACUGCGAGGCCUUCCGCUUCCGCGGAGGUGAAGAUGGUUGGCAGCUCACUGGUGCUGUCGAGGCCAAGGGCCGGCCUGACCAGGACGCCGAUCAACGCGAGGAGUCAGCGCUUCAGAUGUUCCGCCAGAUGGACCUCAGAGGCAAAGUGAAGGAUGAUACCCAGCUGAAGACUGUGCACCAAAACACCAUAACCCACCUGCGCCCUUACGAAACUUCUGGAGGCUACCUGACCAAGUUUAGCUCGAGCGGAGUCGAUGGACGCAUUGUUAUCUGGACUCUGUAG